UAUGUAUAUCUUUAGUCCACAAGACAAUUUUUUUUCCUUGCAUGAAAUUCCAAGUAUUUUAUUAUUAUUAUUAUUAUUAUAUACAUUCUCUUGAUUAUUAUAACCCUUUUCUUUUUUUGUUAUUAUAAACUGUAAUCAUUUCUACAGAUCCAUUCCUCUCCUUUUCCAUUUUAAAGAAAACAGUAGUAAGCUUGAUACUGUUCCUUCUAGAUAAAUUCUUUUGGUUGGUCAUUUAUUCUAUACAUAUGCUUUUGACUCGUUCGAAAACAAGCUCGGCCAUCAGCAAUAAACGCCAUAAAACUAAAGAAAAUCAACAUGAAGGAUUUCCAAUGAUACCCACUGAUCUCAUUUCGCAAAUUAUGCUCGAUAUGAUGACAGUCUGGAUCUUUGCUUCCCGUGUUGCAGACAACCAACAUUCGACAUCCAAUGCCAAGCCAAACCAGUCUACCUCAAUUCGGUCUUGGGCCACACGCUCAUUUUUAGUCAGAUCCAAAUCAUCGUUGCCAUCAUUGCCACCAGCACCUCUACCACAACCUAAUGAAUCGUCCUUGUCUGAGCACCGUCAAGAGCCAACAAAUAAGUUGCCUAUUUCACUCAAAAGCAUGACUGAUCUUUUAGAAACACCACCUUUGAUUCCGGACGGAAGCUCACUUUCAUUGAUUGAAGAGACGCUGACUCCCCUUUCUUCUGCGUUCUUUCAACCACAAGAAGCAACAAGGGCACCAUCUUUAUCAUCAGAAGAAAAUCAGAGUCAAAGCAUUGUCACUACAGUUGCUUCUUCAAGGGAUAUUAGAUCUGUUCGACGUAGUCUUUCAAGCAUUUUUAACCAUUUUGGAAGCUCAGUCAAAAACGCAUUCAAGAAAAAGACCCGAUCUACAUCAUUUGCUCAACUGAAAAAGACAUUUUCCGUUCAACAACAUUUAUCUACACAUCCACCUGAAGACGCUUCCCCUUUCUAUGCCGAAAUGAGAAAGUCAUGUACUUCGCUUAUUCUUGAAGCUGAUGAGGAAGACUCGCAAGUAUCUUCGAGCUACCAAAUCAGCAGUUAUGAGGAUAAUAACGAAAUAGAGACACCUGUACAAGAAAGGUCGUUGAAUAGUUUACACCAUAAAAAAUCAGAAUCAGAUCUAUAUACCGAUUUCAUCACUCUUCAAGAACCGAGCAGUAUGAAUUCAGCCUUUGUUUCAUUGGAAGAGAAACUAAAUAACGCAUCCAAGCCUGCUCUUUAUUGGGAUGACGACUCAACACAAUCACAACAAUUCAAUCGCCUUUUGGAUGAUAUCUGGGAAACAUCACAAGAAUAUCAAGAUUACUUUGCAGCUGAACAACAACUACAACAACAGCAGGAGCAGCAGCAACAACAACCUAAACUAUGGUCUCCACAAAUGCUAUUAAGAUCCAGUCGAACUGAGAGUAAUAUGAAUCAAUUACAAGACGCAGUUCCCUAUGUAUGUGUAGGUAAAGAAAUUAAUAGCUUGGUGACCAAAGCCUAUAAAAGAUCUAUGUCUGCUUAUUCUAAUAUUCAAGACUAUGAUUUGAAAUGGCAAGCUUCGUUUCAUGAAGAACAAAAGAGCCGAGAUAAAGUGGCCAAGACACUAAAGAGCGUAUCAUGGGCAUUUUAUAGCAUUAUCAAACAUAACCACAAGUUGAACGAGUUCUACUGCGAUGGAAUCUUUGAUGAGAAUGAUACUAGUAUCUCUGAUCUUUCAGAGUACCAACACUAUACUGAACCAUUGACUGAAUGGAAUGAUAUUUAUGAUCAAUUGGCCUAUGUAUUUGAUUGUGGCGAGCUUACUGCUGAGCAUGCAAUCAUUACUUUUAUCUACGUUCGACGUAUGCUGGAUAUUUCAAAACAAAAACUAUGGGAUUUUAGCUGGAGAAUGAUUGUUAUGUCUUCCUUGUUAACAGCAGUCAAAGUAUGGGACGAUUGUGCUAUUUUUAAUGCAGAUUUCGCUAUGAUUUUCCCUGAAUUAAGUUUGGACGUCAUGUAAGUUUAUGGUUGAUAUAUAGCCUACUAACUAAGAGUAUAGCAACAAUAUUGAAAGGGUAUUUUUGACUUAUUUGGAAUGGGAUGUCUCUGUGAAUUGCUCCGAUUUUGCUCGAACGUAUUUCCAUCUUCGAGAAAUUGAGCACAUGAUGGACCAAUGGUGAACUAGUUAUUUUAUGAUUGUAUUAUAUGAAUCCGAUGAUAGAAGAGAAAUCAAAAAGCUUAUAAAACAAUAGUCUUUCGUGUUUUUUUUCUAAAAAAA